GAAGAACUAGCUGACCGCCGUGUGAUUUACCGAAUACUUUAGUCAAGGAAUAGAGGAAAUAAGUAGUAUUGUCGUUCACUUGAGAAACACUUAGAUUGUGAAUUUAGUGAUCGAAACCUCCACACGUGAAAUCAAAGAAAAAACGUGAACAGUUGAUUUUACGUAAACUUUACUCACGAGUAAACAAAAUUUUACAGUCACGUGCAUUACCUCACGCGAUCUCCUCAUCGAUCUCAAGCACAGGUUAAGUUCUCUUUGACCCAAGGACAGCUACUUAUGCUUAGACGUGGCGUUCCUUUACAGUCGUUUAUCUAUAGCGUCCGACAUUUUGGUGGUGUUAUGUCCUCGCAAGCUAAUGGUUUUCUAAGUCCUUGCGGUCGUAGGAAAUCACAGUUUACAAGAGCAACUUCUUCUUGCUGUUUAAAUAAUGGUAAAGACAGGGUAAUUGACAAGUCUGGGGACUCUAGAUCGAGAGAAAGAGGAGAAUUGCAAUGGGAAAAACUCUCUGAUGAUGAGAAGAAUAUUUAUCUUGCUCAUAAAACUGCAUGUAUGAAUGGGAAAAAUAGUUAUUCAGAUCCAAUCACUGGGUAUAUGGUCUUCACUGAAGAAUUUCUUUCCAAGCGUAGGGCCUGCUGUGGAAAUGGCUGCAGACAUUGUCCAUUUGGUCAUGAGAAUGUACCACACAGUCAACGCAGGAAGAAAUUUAAUUCAGCGUUUUACGUUUAAAAUCAAACAGACAGUCAUGCAAUUAAAUUAUUACAGAAAUGAUAAUGUAUACAGCUUCAGGAAAAGACAUAUGUUUGAGGCAAACACUUCAUUAUAAUAAUUAUGAAUUUUCCUGAAGCAAAUUUCAGUCUUUUGAAAUGAAAUUGGAUUGUCAAAAAAUCAGCCUGAAGCGUCAUGGUUUUCUAUACUUUGUGCUCUCUCUAUAUUGGAGAGACUAGGGAGUAACCAUAACGCAAAGGUUUCUCAAUGUAACAAGGAUGUGGAAAUUAUAACAGCAAUAAUAAUAUUUUUUAUUGGUUACUGGUAUUUAUUAAUAUCAUUAUCAAACAUUCAAACUAAAAGAAAUAUGACAUAAUUUAUAUGUGUGUAUGUGAGUGAGUCAUGUGAUAGCACUCCUGUUUUCAAGUGAUAUUCUCAGUCUGUGCUUAUGUAUUUAAAUCCUCUGGUAUGAAACAAACAAAUAAACAAGUUGGCAUUUGUCCCCAUCA